GUGAAUCCAAACACAAGUCCUCCUGUCUGAACUCUGGAGGACAGAAGAAGAAGAAGAAGAAGAAGACCAGGCUGCUGCUGGUUUUCCUGCUGCACUGAAGAGAUGAUGGUUGUGCCUGUUCUCACAUCUGGGACGCUGUGAGAGCUUUAGAAAAAGAGACAUUUAUUAUCUUGAGAACAACUCUGAAUCGCAGACGAAUCACAAAUACAUUCAAUAGUGAUCGGAACGUGUGCUUGUAUGCUGCUCCUGCCGUUCUGCCGAUGCGUAAUUACUCCAGCCAGGAAAAUAAAAACAUAUUUCUAGGCUUUUUUGUGAAAGCUUGCGACAUAUUUCCCGCAGCCCUUCAAAAAAGACAUAUUUUAUUUAGUUUUCAGCCCCUCCUCAAAAGCUGCUGACAACGCAAAAAAAAAAAAAAACGACAAUCCUUCCUCAUCAGAUAAAGUGCGGCACGUUUCAGUGAACAUUGUCCUGUGCGCAGGGGGGGACGUGCGCACAAGGCGAUUCACGCGCAGUGGGGCGAGCAUCAGGUGCCGUGCGGAGGAAAGAAACAAGACAACUUGGACAGUACAUAAAAAAAUAAAAUAAAAAAAACUUUACAUAAGUGAAUCAAAAUGACGGACGGACCAAGACAACGGAGCAGCACGGCGGGCUCUGCCAAGGAUGCGGCCGCUGAGAAGGAGUCUGGGGGAGUUGCGCUCAAGAAGGAGAUCGGACUCGUGAGCGCAUGUGGGAUUAUAGUUGGUAACAUCAUCGGCUCGGGUAUCUUCGUCAGUCCGAAGGGAGUGAUGGAGAACGCCAGCUCUGUGGGCGUGGCCCUGGUCGUCUGGAUCAUCACGGGCCUCGUCACCGCCAUCGGAGCGCUGUGCUACGCCGAGCUGGGCGUCACCAUUCCCAAAUCAGGGGGCGACUACUCCUACGUGAAGGACAUAUUCGGAGGCCUGGCUGGGUUCCUCCGGUUGUGGAUCGCCGUGCUGGUCAUCUAUCCCACCAACCAGGCUGUGAUCGCCCUGACGUUCUCCAACUACGUCCUCCAGCCUCUGUUCCCCACCUGCUUCCCACCGGAGAACGGCCUGAGGCUGCUGGCUGCCGUCUGUCUCUUGCUGCUGACCUGGGUGAACUGCUCCAGCGUGCGGUGGGCCACCAGAGUGCAGGACAUCUUUACGGCCGGCAAGCUGCUGGCCCUCGCCUUAAUCAUCAUCAUGGGAAUCGUUCAGAUCUGCAAGGGAGACUACUACUGGCUGGAGCCGGCCAAUGCCUUCGAGCCCUUCCAGGACUACGACGUGGGUUUGAUAGCCUUGGCGUUCCUACAGGGCUCGUUCGCCUAUGGAGGCUGGAAUUUCCUCAACUACGUCACAGAGGAGCUGGUAGAUCCCUACGUGAACCUUCCCCGUGCCAUCUUCAUCUCCAUCCCCCUGGUGACCUUCGUCUACGUCUUUGCCAACAUCGCCUACGUCACGGCCAUGAGUCCCCAGGAGCUGCUCGCCUCGAACGCCGUUGCCGUGACGUUUGGCGAGAAGCUGCUGGGGGUCAUGGCGUGGAUCAUGCCCAUCUCUGUGGCUCUCUCCACCUUCGGAGGAGUCAACGGUUCCCUCUUCACGUCCUCACGGUUGUUCUUUGCCGGGGCCAGAGAGGGACACCUCCCAAGCCUCCUGGCCAUGAUCCACGUGAAACGCUGCACCCCCAUCCCUGCUUUGCUCUUCACUUGCCUGUCCACUCUGCUUAUGCUGUGCACCAGUGACAUGUACACCCUCAUCAACUACGUGGGCUUCAUCAACUACCUCUUUUAUGGAGUCACUGUUGCCGGGCAGAUCGUCCUGCGAAUCAAACAGCCCAACAUGCACCGGCCAAUCAAGAUCAGCCUGAUAUGGCCGGUCAUUUACCUCGUCUUCUGGGCCUUCCUGCUCAUCUUCUCCUUGUACUCGGAGCCGGUCGUGUGCGGCAUCGGGCUCGCCAUCAUGCUCACUGGAGUUCCCGUCUACUUCCUGGGGGUCUACUGGGAGAACAAACCGCAGUGCUUUGAUACCUUCGUUGACAAAAUGACGUACGUGGGCCAGAAGAUGUGUGUGGUCGUUUAUCCGGCCGAGACGGGCAGCGGAGGCGACGAGGAGGGGGAGGAGAUGAAGGAGGCGAGGUCCCCUCUCUCCGUGGAGGACGGAGACGACCACAAAGCACCGGAGUGUUGAAUCCGAGUUGUUGUUGUUUUUUUUAAUUAUUAUUUCUAGCUGGUCCCUUAAAAAAAAAAAAAGAAAAAAAAAGAGAAAGAAAAAUGCAGAGAGACACGCCAACAUGGGUUCGCUGUACAAGUGCGGACACAAUCCGCAGUUUGUCUACUGAUCAACACUUCUUCUUCUCUAAGUGUCUUUUUAAUCAGUAAUAAUCUGAACCAAAUAUCAACACUUCAGCCGGGUGAGUCUGAGGUCUAUCAGAAGUGCAAUAGAGACGGGUUGGCACCUUCCGGUUCCUCAUUCCUCACAUCACCAUCGACAUUUUUAACCUUUUACAUUUUAUUUUUUUUUAUUAUUAUUAUUAUUAUUAUUUCGAGAGACUCUUACUGAACUGUGAUGGACGUUUGUCUUUUUGGUUUAUCCUUUGUCACUUCUGUAAAUUUCGCUCCGCGUCACAUUCAUCACCACAAAGCUGCAUUCUUGAUUGUCGACGCACACAAAAGAUCAUUUCGUGUUGUCAGAUUCUCGAUUUAUGGUUUAUUUUUAAAGUGACUCAAUGAUGCCUCUGGUUUUUAAAAAAAAUACUUGUUAAUAUCGCUCUUAAAAUUAUUCUUAUUGUCCAAUCAUUUUUAAUAUUUUCUACCAUAUGAACUUAAUUUAAAUUUUUUUUUUGGUAUUCUGUUUCUCUAACAUUCAUCUCACCUAAUUUUUGUUCCUCCAACUGCAGAUUUAUCUUGAUUGUAAAGUCGAUGUGGAAUUGGUUGUUGUGGCGGCAAAAAGUGCACAAAUUUUAUUACCUGCCUUAAUCAGAAUUACGGUGUUGUGCGCUUUAGUGCAAUUGUAGCUGUGUUUUGACAGAUGUGGAAAGAUCGUCAUAGCUUUUUUUUUUCCCUUUCAUCAAACUUUCUACAUAAAAGUGACACUAAGCAAAUAAACUAUUUGUUUUUAUGUACCUGCAGAGACAAGAAAAAAGUCAUAAGUGCAAAUCACUCUGAAAGUGUUUUUUUUUUAUCGUUUACAUCUGUGUUUUAAUUCCCUUCGAUGCACAAAUGAGAGCUUUACACGUAAUUAUUGCUUUUCCAGCUCAGUUGGCUACAGGAAUCUUUUUGUGCAAUAUUCCCUCAGACUCCAGCGAAACCCAAAACAUUCUCGCCAUCAAUGGUCUCCCAUAGGUUCUCUGUUUAUCCAGUAUGCUGUAUUUUAAAGGAACCAACGCCACUGCACACACAGAGACUAAUUAUUCCGUUUUAUUGUUGUCUCAGGGCAUCUCCACAUACACUGCCAAAAGAAAGAAAAAAAAGACUCACCAUGUCUGUAUUUAAUCCAGUUUAAUUAUGCUCUGAGCCUUUGCUUUUUAUUUAUUUUUUUUAACGAUUUUUGAUCCUUCAAAGAGAUGGAAAGUGCUAAAAGAAAAUAAAAAUGAGAUGGUAGAAUCAAAACGUUUGGUCUAUAGUGUAUAUCAUUUGAUAUUGUUGAACUGCAGCAGGGUGAUUGGCCUCCUAUAAAUACAAAAGAGCGUAUUUUCAUUGUCCUGUACGGUUAUUGUGCAUUUACAGUAUAUGAAGUUGUCACAGACUGUAUCUUGAUGUCCCUUAGUAAUAAAAACCACUGAUUAAUGUUUGGACUUGUAAUUGAAGCUCGCUUCUUUAGAACUAGCCCACGUUGCUGUGGCAUCCUUAUUUGGUUUACAUAUGUCACUUUGCUUCUUCGUUGAGUCAUACCUCUAUUUUAACGGCUGCACAUCAGCUUAUUAAUCUAAAUUAAUCUGUAGAAUUUCCUUCAUAAUCACACUUCCUCCACAUACACCGCCAAAACACAAAAUAUUACCAGGUAUUAUAAGUCAGAGGAUUCAGUACAUACUCUUUAUGUUUUAAGUCUGCUUGCGUUUUGUUAGCAGAUUUGACUCCACACAUUGUCUCGUGCAGAAAUGAAAAACAUUCCGUUGCUCAAAAUGUCAAAUGCUGCAACUUUACUUGUCGAGACAAUCUAAAUGGUGCAAGCUGUAACACAAAGACAAAACCUCGUUUCUCCUCACCUCUGAGUAACGUUGAUCGUUGCUCCCUGAUGAACUGCAACCUUCAUUUCUUUGGAACUUAAAGCAACACAAAAUGUCAGCGUGGUGCAUUAGGCACCAGCUUUUACAGAGAGGCCGAUCUGUUGUUUCGAGUUCAUCCUAUUACAGCUCCAGCUCCACCUGACUGGAGCUGAGAUGAUUCAGCUCAACCGUUGCUUUCACUGUGACAACAAUGUUAUUGCUCCGUAGGCAAAGUUCUCUAACUUCUGAUGUCUCUUGUCAUUUGCAGUCUGAGUUGCAGAGACAUGCUGAAAAAUGUCUCUCGAAUAUUCCGUCUCAAAAUGUAAAAUGUACAUUACGGUGGUCAACGUUUGACAAGAAUAAAAAAUAUACACAAGUGGC